AUGGGACUCACUCAUGGAGAGAAGCAAAAAAUUUCGAUGGGUGACUUUACCGGAGAGGAGCUGAUCCAGGCAGCUAUAUUUAAUGAUGCAGAGCUUAUGAAAUGUCUGUUGGAGGGAGAGUGUGCCAAGUUUAUUAAUUUUCAAGACCGUAGAGGGAGAACACCGGUGUACACUUCAGUCUCCAACAAUAGUUUCAGAUGUCUCCGCAUACUGCUAGAGCAUGGAGCAGAUCCAAAUAUUCCAGCAGGGGAAACAUUUAACUGCAUGACACCUCUUCACUGUGCCAUUAUAGACCUGAAGCUUGAAUUCUUUAAGUUGUUGUUGUCACAUGGAGCAGAUUUUACAAAACAAGAUAAUUCAGGACUGACCCCCAAGGCAGUGGCAGAGAACAUGGAGUUAGAUGAAUAUGUAGAAGAAAUGGAGGAGGAGCAAGAAAGAAGAGAACAGAUAUUUGAUUCAGUUUUAAAAGCGUUUGCUGAUGCUUGUAAAGCUGAGGAUGUUUCUAGGAUGACUGAUAUUUUAAAAUGUAACUCCUCUCCAACAAUCCAUGUAAAACUAGUCAGCAACGCCGUGACAGAUGAUGGAUUAACUCCCCUUUGUUGGGCUUGUAAAUGUGGCAACAUCUCUAUGCUGCGACUCCUACUUCAGCACGAAGCAUCCAUCAUCUCGUGUACAUCUCAGGAUAUGGCUCCUAUCCAUCUGGCCUGUCAUUUUGAACACACUGAUUGUGUUCAACUUCUUCUGCAGCAUUGCCCAGACAUUGUGCAGAGGAAAAUGGCUAAUGACAGCUUGGCCCUCCACGUAGCAGUAGAGACAGAGAGUCUGUCACUGGUCACACUGUUACUAAAUUACGAUUACCCAGAGUAUGCUCUGGAGGACUUCAAGGAGGAAGGAUUGGGAAUCGGUUACAAGCUCCCAUUUGAUGUCAACACAAAAGAUUCAAUGGGAAGGAGUCCCUUGUUUUUGGCUGCGGAGAAAAACAAUCCUGAUAUUGUGAGGUUUUUACUAAAUUUCCAUGUCCCGUUUGAAAAGAAACAAAGGAGAUAUGAAGGUCGAAGCCGACUCACUAGUGAUGUAAGCUUUGAGCCUGAGUUAAGAAGAGAACAGUUUGGGAGUAGUUUAAACAGCAGUUCUUUUUCGUCCAAUGUCUAUCACCCCGUGGAUAUCAAUCUGCAGGGUCGUAAUGGAUUUACUCCUCUACACGUGGCAGUUUUUUAAAGUAACAGUUACUACGAAGUUACCGACAUCCUGCUGAAACACAAGGCUGAUGUCAACAUACUGGCUAACGAUAGCGGAAAAUUCAUAUCUACCCUAAUGAUGGCCUGUAGGAGGGGAGACAGCAUUAUACUGGACAAACUGUUCAAGUAUGGUGCCGAUGUCUUAGACUAAUUAAGUCUUCACUUAUGCUGUGGAAUGAAGAGACCUAAAAUGGUGUUCACAUUACUUAAGUACAGAACUUGUAAAGAUGUGGAAAAUGAGUACAAAAUCAAUCGUAUGGAUAUGAGGAGUUUAUACAGGAAAAUGUCUGAAAUGGAAGAUACUUAUGAUGGACUGAACUCUCUGAACCUGGAUUUUAAGAAAAAGUUUCCUGUCCAUUCUGUCCAUGUUAAAUGGCAGGAUCUGCAGCACAUUGAGAUGGUUAAAGAAGAGAUGUUGAUUGAUAUCAGCUGUCACCACAACCCAGAGAUACAGACUACAUCUCUUAAUUACCCCUUUGCUCUAUUUGCAAUCACGAAGAUUGACAUCUCUGGAAAUAAAAUUGGUUCCGUUUUUCCUUCAGUAUUCUUUAAGUUGCCAUCUCUACAUUACCUGAAUUUGUCCAAAAACCAGAUCAAAACUUUUCCUGAUGUGACAAAUAUGGAUGACAUCUUUGUUUGUCUAGAAGAAUUAUUGCUGGAUAAAAACAAAAUUGAGGUAUUGCCAGACUACUUAUUUUCAGUGUCAACAUUAAGGUAUCUCUCAGUAGCUCACAAUAAUUUGAGAGAAUUUUCUUCAGAAUUGUGGGACAUGCAAUGUCUGGCUUAUCUAAACCUAUCUCACAAUCAAAUUGCCUCCCUACCCCAGCCCCGCCCCAAGCACUCCUGCCCCCCAUCAUCAGGAAAUCUGUCCUCAAUCACAAGUUCUUAUCAGGAGGAACAGGCUCCUCCGACCUUGGUCACGCCGACCAAGUCAAGCGUGGAGGAGAUUCAGGUCAAACAUGCCGUGACCUGGAUGUCAGGAAAAGUUGUUGUGAUGGACGGUGACUUUGACAGUAGCUCUGGCCUGUCAAACAGAGGAUUACAAGACCUGAAUCUGUCUAAAAAUAGACUGAGUGAGAUCCCCUUCUGGUUGUGUUGUACUUCUCCCUACAUGGAGAACCUUAAUCUGUCUGGCAAUAAGAUCCAGUACGUGGGGGGCUUAUUCCAGCUCCCGCAGUAUCUAAAGACGCUAGACCUCAGUGGAAAUAAUAUACUGGAUACAGUGCCCUGGCAAUGUGCAGAGGACAAAGACGGUCUGUGUUAUAAUACAAGAAGUGCCCGGCCGACCGGCUCCCCCCACUCCUUUAACUCCUACACCAGCUUCACACAGCUACUGACCUGUGGUCAUCGCCAGCACCGGAUUCUGGAGCGACUGGACACGCUUAACCUUGGCUUUAACCGGAGACUAGAGAAAAUUGUCAUCACAAGAUCAACGGAGGACAGACAGGGAAGGAACAGUACUGCCAGUCUGAGCUCUCUGAACUCCAGUAUGGAUGAGGAGAAACGCCGUCUGCUGUUUCCAAACCUGACGAGUCUAGACCUCAGUUAUAACACCUGUCUGAAGGAGAUUCCAGCAGAGAUUGGAGACAUUAGUGCACUGAAGAGGCUGUCUCUGUCCUUCACUGGAAUCAAAGAGCUACCUCCAAACAUUGGGAAGUUAAAGAGUCUGUUUACCUUAGAACUGGAGAAGUGUAACCUGGAAGGGCCAAUCCUGGACAUUAUUCAGGGCUCUCACAAACGCACCAAGGACAUCCUCGGAUUCCUGUUAUCCAUACUAGAGGAGGCAGAGGAAUACAACUGUAUGAAUCUUAUGUUUGUUGGAGUACACAAUAUUGGAAAGACAAUGCUGCUGAAAGAAAUCAGAAAAUAUGGAAAAACUACACAAAAAAUCACACAUUUCAGUCAGAGGAUUGACCAAUCAGCUACAGGAAUUCGACAAGAUGGAGGCACUCUCUCCACAGUAGGCAUAGACAUCAACGAAAUUGUUAUUGGAGAAAAAUGGCAAAAGGGGCCCGUCACAUUCCGCACCUGGGACUUUGGUGGACAGAAAGAGUACUAUGCAACACAUCAGUACUUUUUGUCACCGAGAUCUCUGUAUCUGGUUAUGUGGAAGUUAAUUGAUGGAGAACAAGGCAUUCAGACAAUAUGGCAAUGGCUUGUCAGCAUACAGGCUAGAGCUCCCGGAUCUCCAGUGAUUAUAAUAGGGACACAUCGAGACAUUCUGAUUGCCAGGAGAACUCGUAACAACUUCCCGGCCUCGUUUGAGGAGGAUAUGAAGGAGAUCAUUGACAGGCAGUUCAUACGAGUGGAGGAACCAGACAAAUGUGGCCUACCGGUCGUAAUUGGUCAGAUAAAUGUCAGCUGUAAAACCGGGGAAAAUGUCAGAGAUCUCGUCAACUUCAUCUACAACAGAGUGUUCCAGCUUAAACAUCCCAGGAGGAACAAAGAAAAACUGCUACAGCACAAAAUCCCAAAGAAAUACUUAAUUCUGAAGGAUAUAGUGCAAGAGCUAGCAGAGGAGCGAAUCAGAGAAAAGAAGGAUCCAGUAUUGGACAAGUCCUCAUACAUGUUAAAGACAAUGAAUAAAAUGAUGGAGAGGUCAGGCACCUUAUUCAGAGACCCAGAGGAUGUGGAACAAGCCACACGAUUCCUACAUGAAAAUGGUAUACUGUUCCAUUAUGAAGACCUGACGUUAAAGGAUCGGUAUUUCCUGAACCCCCAGUGGCUCUGUGACCAGCUGGCUCGAGUCGUCACAGUAGACCAGGUCAACAACUUCACACAAAAUGGUGUGAUGAAGGCCACCAAUCUGCAUGUUCUGUUUAAACAGUCCUCUUUCCAGCCAGAGAACAUUGAGCAUUACAUUUGCGGGCUUCUGUCCAAAUUUGAACUUGCCCUUGAGUUUGACCAGCAGCAUCUGUUGAUUCCUUCCUUGUUACCAAGGGAACAAGACAUGCAUAACUGCAUCAAGAAAAGUGAAGAUGUCAAGAUCCCAUUACAGUCUUUAGAAGACACAGUCAGAAGACCUCACUCAGAUUCGUUCGGUCGUGGCAAUCCUAACCCACCUGUCUCCCACAGACCCAUUCCUUUGGGCUUUGUCAACAGCCACCCCUCCAGUAACGUCAUCUUCUCUCACUGUAGACUCUACUUUAUGACUUAUUUUCCCAGUGGAUUUUGGCCGAGAUUAAUCACCAGGAUUCUUGCCGAUAGAUCUCUGAGUGACAUUGUUAGGGAACUUUUCCCCAUUCCAAGUGACAUUUUAGAUGCUUGUCCCUAUCUAAAACAGAAAGAACCCUGCUGGCAGCUUUGGCAGACAGGAAUGCAGCUGCUGCAUCAUAAUGCAGUAUUAUUUCGUAUAAAGGAGGUGCUACCAGGCCUCACUGGAUUCUGUGAUUAUCAGAGGACAGAGUUAAAAUGCUGGAUUGAGAAUCGGUGGUCCCAUAUUGACAUGCAGAACAGUGUAAUUCUAGAGAUGGGAUUCUCCUGUGAUUCAAUAGAGUUUACCUUUGCAGAUAGAAGUGCUUCACAACACGGGAUGUGUGCAAUCACUAAAAAAGAGCAGGUCUUUAUGGAUGAGAAGGCUUGUGCUAAGUUCCUGGUGAAGAUUUCGGAGCAUGUUGAUACCCUAUUACAGGACUGGUAUCCAGAGAUUGGAGAAUCUCGAUUUGUACAGAACUGUUAUGGUAGAUACCUCAUCACCAGGGUCGUACCGUGUCCCCAUUGUCUUUUUGAAGUGGUGAAGGAAGAGAAGAAGAAUGACACCACCUUGUUCUGGCAGUGUGUUGACCAGAAUCUGGAUGUCACUUCAACAAUCUCCUUGUCUGAUGUAGAAAUAGACGAAGCUUCACCACUCAGUAAGAGGGAUAGACACAAUGGAAUGUAUUGCUUCCUUGUGGAGAAGUGUAUACUUAAUUGUCUGAAUGACCACAAUGAGAUCUGUCCUAGUCAUGGCAGCAUGUCGCCACGCUUCAUGAUGAGUGGAGAGGGGAUAGCCCGCACUCUGUACAUUGCCCCUGACAUUGUUUUCAAUGACCUUGACACCAGCAUUCUGAUUGGUCCAGCUGAUAGCCUGACUCUCGUGAAGCUGAUUGGUAAAGGAGCUUUUGGAGAAGUGUAUCAAGGAAAAUUAAGAAGGGUUGAUGAACCAUUGGAAGAUGUAGCAGUUAAAAUGUUGUGUGGUCCUUUCAAAGAUAUUGCACUUCAGCCUAAGGGUCAGUCAGACCUCCACAUGGAGAAUGCCACCUCAGCCUACCUGACCGCUAGACAGGAGAUCUCCAUCCUACAGACCAUACAGCACCACAACAUCGUCCCCCUCCUGGGUCUGGCCAUGCGGCCCCUAGCCCUGGUCCUAAGUCUGGCCCCACAAGGAAGCCUCGGAAACAAACUUCUGCAGAUUGGACAAGAAGGAAAAAGACUGAGUGUGUACGCCAUCAAGCAGAUUGUUCUGCAGGUUGUGGAUGCCUUGUCCUACCUGCACUUUAUGUCCAUUAUCUAUCGUGAUCUGAAGGCAGACAACGUGCUAGUCUGGAAGAUGAAUGGUUUUGACUUCUCAGAAGAUAGCCUUGACCCUAUCCAUAUCAAGCUUGCCGACUAUGGAGUCAGUCGAACAGUUCAGUCAUCCGGAACCAAGGGCUUCGGAGGAACUCCACCAUUUAUUGCCCCAGAAAUUCUCCAGUUCGCAGGAAAAGCCCAGUAUACAGAGAAAGUUGAUAUCUUUUCAUUUGGAAUGUUUAUGUAUGAGCUGUUGACCUGCAAAAAGCCCCUAGAGGAUAUGACCAACCCUACAUUAUUUGUUUGUCAAAAUGGACGUCCCUCCAUAACAAGAAGAGAGUUAAAUUAUCCAUCACAUUUCCUGGAUUUGAUGUCCGUUUCUUGGUCACAUGACCCAACAGAAAGACCGUCUGCUGACCAAAUCAAACAGAUUGUGCAGUGUCCACAGUUUUGUCACCUAGCAGAUGCCAUCUCCAUGGAUACUAGUGUCAACAUCCUGUCAGCAUGUUGUGUGACAGUUGAAAGACAAACAGAGAAUGAGGAUGAGGUUUUUGAUGAACCUGACUUUUUGCCAAACAAUGCCACGAAAGAGAUUUGGCUGAGCACAGCACCCACCAACAGUAACUCCAGACUAGAAAUAUACAGCUUUGACAGGUGUUUCAGAUCAACAGUGAAUAAGACCAUCCCUUUACAAGGCAGUGAAAUGUAUGGACUGAUUUCUACAGAGGAAAAUGUUUUUGGUGUGGACUCACAUGCUGUAGUUCACAUCUAUUGUGCUUCCUCAACCAAAAAAAUCCGGCUCUAUGACCCUAGUAUAGGUUUGAAGGUGCGAUACCUCACCAGUCAUAUACUGGAAACUGAAAGCAGUAAGAAACUGAGUUUUGUGUUAGCGGCAGUGAAAGGAGGAAUCCUAGUUAUACUAGAGGUAGACCCAGUAACAUUUGAUGUCAGAGUAAGAAAGGAAAAUGUGUCCGGGAAGUGUAUCUGUGGAUGUCUGGUGCCCCGAGAUGAAAGAAGAAUAGAAUUCUGGUGUGGACAAAGAGAGGGGAGAAUCUUAGUCCUUGAUUAUUAUGAUAUGAAGAAAGAUGGAGACAUUUUGGAACAUUCUAAAAUUAUCAACAUGAAUCGGAAUUGCCAUUUUUUGGAAUCAGCUGCUGUUGAAGAGAAACAAUUUGUUUGGUCUUAUAACUAUCCAGGCACUACUGUUUAUCUGUGGAAUGUUGAGACCAGAAAAGUGGAAGCACAACUUAAUUGUGCUGAUGUUGUUCCUGUAACAGAAAGUGGGUUUUUCAAUACCUACUUAGGCAACAACCAUGAAGCUCGUAGAUGUCAGGUGACGGCCAUGAAAGUGUCUGACAAAUACCUGUACCUUGGCACCACGUCUGGCUGCGUUAUCGUGGCAGACGCCGUGGAACUAAAGCCCUACACUGUGUUCUGUUGUCACAGCAAUGAGGAUUUUUACAUCAGGACCAUCAUCCCUCUACAAGAGAACAGUCCCCCUGACCCCCCUCACCUGAAGCCAUUCAGACCCCAGGGGAUUGUGACUGUAGGUAAAGGUUACAGAGACUUAAUCCUGAAGACAGAAACUGAGACUGAUCAGAGUUUUAUACAAAGUAUUGCUAACAGACCGACUGGUUCUCCAAGAAAGUCCAUAAAAAGCCCGACUUAUAUCAUCUCCUGGUAUGCCAAAAACUGGGAAUUUUAUUAACAGCCAUGCCGCAUAAACAAUGGGAAGAUCGUCUUUAUAAAAGAUUGAUGUGCACUAAUUAUGGCAAUCUAGUCACAUAUUUGCUACCAAAGCACCUUUAUUUUUGGUACUUAUAUUUUCAUUAAUUAAGUCACAUUAAGCUUGGCAAGUUGACUAUGGAAAACAGAAAUCCAAUUAUUUACCAAAUGUUGUAUGUGAGUUUUGAAGUGGUACAGUGCAAUAUGAUUGUUUUAUUUAUUUUGUUAAUGACAGUAUGUUACAAUUGUGUAUGAGAAAAAUGUUGCACCGUAAAUAAAUGAUUUAUUUGA